UGGUGGUGGUGCUGUGUCCUGCUGCCAUUUCGGAAGAUCACACGGAAACAUCAGCAGCUCCCAUCACUAGCUUCACUAACUGCUCUGCGCGCUGAGCUGCUACAUUCUGCACUUUUAAAACCGAUCUGGACGGGUUCAUGUGUUGCGUCUUUUGGGGGUUAUUCCUGUAAGAAGCUGCAUCAUAGCUACCGAAAGCCUCAGGGGUCAUUUUCAGAAGACACAAUCAUCAACAUGGAGCUUGUUUCUUACUGCUGCUGAGCUCAGAACCAAGAUUAAACUCACACGAGUCAUGGAGACAAUAUGGCUUUACCAGUUCCGUCUGAUCGUCAUCGGAGACUCCACAGUGGGCAAGUCAUGUCUGAUCCGGAGGUUCACAGAGGGCCGCUUYGCCCAGGUGUCAGACCCCACUGUGGGCGUGGACUUCUUCUCUCGCCUGGUGGAGAUCGAGCCGGGAAAAAGGAUCAAACUUCAGAUCUGGGACACUGCAGGACAAGAGAGGUUCAGGUCCAUUACCAGAGCCUACUACCGUAACUCAGUGGGCGGCCUUUUGCUCUUUGACAUCACGAACCGCCGCUCCUUCCAGAACGUCCAUAACUGGCUGGAGGAGGCGCGAAGUCACGUCCAGCCGCACAGCAUCGUCUUCCUGCUCGUCGGCCACAAGUGUGACCUGGAGGCCCAGCGGCAGGUGACCCAGCAUGAGGCGGAGAAGCUGGCAGGGGCCUAUGGGAUGCGUUAUGUGGAGACUUCGGCACGGGAUGCUAUUAAUGUGGAGAAGGCGUUUGUAGAUCUGACAAGGGAAAUCUUUGAGCUGGUCCGAAGUGGGGACAUCCAGAUCCAAGAUGGCUGGGAAGGAGUAAAAAGCGGAUUUGUUCCCAACAUGGUCCAUUCCUCCGAAGAAGUCACCAAAGGGAGUCGGCAGUGUUUCUGCUGAUGGCUGCAGCACCCGAGCUGGAAGGUGG